AUGUUGGAGAAAACUAUUAUAAAAAUCGGCAGUUUACUAGCCUUGGGAUUCGGCGAAGCUGGUGCUGAAAUCAUCGGAAAAAAUAUGCAGGCCGCAGAAAGGUCGGCCGGGGUGAAUGCGAUGAUUCCGGGGAAAAAAGUAGAUGCAGUUUUUGGGUUUUGCGACAUACGCAAUUUCACGGACGCAACUGAGGUGUUGAACGACAAAGUUAUGGUUUUUGUAAACCAGAUUGGAAAAAUUGUGCAUGGAAUUGUGGAUGAAUUUCACGGCGCUGCAAAUAAGAACAUCGGCGAUGCGUUUUUGGUGAGGAAGUUGGUAGUGGUUGCUGAGGAGACGUUUGCUGUUCAGUUGGUGUGGCGCUUACCCGAGGACGAUGCUGAGCUUAGGAAAAAAAUGUGCGACAUGGCGGUGAUGUCUUUUGUUAAGGUGGUAGCCGCAGUAAACAAGAGUCCAGUUCUGUACGAGUACAGAGAGCAUCCAGGACUGCGAACGCGACUAGAGAACUAUCGAGUCCGCAUGGGAUUUGGUAUGCAUUGUGGAUGGGCGAUCGAAGGGGCGAUUGGGUCUGAGUUUAAGAUAGAUGCCAGUUAUCUGUCCCCUAACGUUAAUCUGGCCGGCUCGCUCGAGGCUGCUACCAAGGAAUACGGGGUUUGUAUGCUUUUCUCGGGAGCUGUGGUGGAGUCUUGUAACGAGAGUGUUCAGGAGUAG